AAGAAAACACUGUGGCUCCCAAGUACGUUUUUAAAAGUUCUUAAAAGUAAGGGAUUUUAUAGUACAUUUAUGGCAUAUAAUUCGGCAAAUCCGUAAUUCCGCGAAUCUCCAUCGACGCCAUUUUUCGUUCGCCAAAAGCGCGUCUCUUCCACUUCAGUUUCAACUUUCAGAAUAUUGUGUUAGUUUCUCGUUUUAGCCGAUCCAAAAAAAAAAAAAAAAAAUGCAUACCAACGUGAAUUUGGAGCUGUUAGAUCAACAGCUGUCGCAAAUCGCUUACAACGCCGAUCUACAUAAGAAAACCAUGUUUCUAUUGGACGAAGCAAAGUCUGAGACUGACGAGGGCCGAGUCAAGCCGGUUGACCCGUUGGCCAAGAAAAAGCUACUCCUAACGCUGAUGCACAGUCUGCCACCCUUUCCGCCAAACUUAGAAAUGCUGAAGGGCCUCGCCUCUGAAUUCUCAGAUUCCGAUUUGAUUUCCAAGAAUCCUAUUUUCGCGGAAUAUCUUUGCACGCGGAGCCUGGAGUUCUACAACGUGUGCUCUGUGAUGCGGACACUGCUAACCAUCGAAGACCUCUCCACCAUGCAGCUGUAUGCCCGGCUGAUUCAAAAGGAUGUGGCCGUGCACCGGGUUUCCAAAUACAGGUUCCAAGUAGCCCUUUCAAACACGGCAAUCAAUGCCGAGGACGUAGUCUCACCCCAUAUGGAUGAGGUAGUGCUGGUGCCCAAGUCCAGCCUAGCAGCUUCUCCGUUGCCCAAUCAAUCGAUACUGUCCCUGCUGCCGCACCCGCACGAAAAUCUGGAUUUGAAAGAUCCGAUGCGCCGUCACGUGGUCUCAGUGGAACAGGUGACACGUAACUGUGUCCACUUCCGUUUCAGCCGCCGUAACUUUCCGGGAAAGAUCUACCUGAUAAGUCAGCGCUUUCAUGUGAUCCUACGCUCCAGCCGCAUACCCUUCCGUUACAUGUACCGUGCUCUCAACUUGCUCCAGGAGAUGCCAGUAAUGCGUCGCUACCUCUAUCCCUUCCCUGGCUGGCUGACCGAAAUGCUGAACAACUCGAUGAUCCACUUUCAAUGUGAAUGCCUGCCCACCUGGAUGCGGGCGCAGCCUGUGACUCAGUACACUCCAACAGAGUCCCUUUCGUUGUUGAACCCGACCAUAUACAACAACGCCGAGCAGUUGCAGGCGGUCCAGAGGAUUGUGGCAGGACCCAAUCCGAAUGGACCUUAUAUUGUAUUCGGACCACCAGGCACUGGCAAAACCACAACCAUUGUGGAGGCCAUUUUACAGCUGCGCCUUCACCAACCGCGAAGCCGCAUUCUUGUUACCGCCGGUUCGAACUCCGCCUGCGACACGAUCGCCCUGAAGCUGUGUGAGUAUAUCCAGACCAAUGCCCGUCUACGUGAACACUUUGCCCAGCAGGAGAAGCCCUCGGCGAAUCACCAGCUGAUCCGUGUUUUCUCGCGUUCCUUCUACCGUAAGGGACUUAAGACUGUGCCGGCGCUCCUCCUUAAAAACUCCAACUGCUCGAAUAAUGGAUAUAAGCACCUUAGAGUUUCACACAUACUCGAAUACGGUAUCGCGGUGGCCACUCUCUGCACCGUGGGACGCUUUCUGUGCGACAAACUCGGUAAGUACAACCACUUUACCCACAUAUUCAUCGACGAAGCCGGUGCUGCCACGGAGCCAGAGACCUUGAUCGGGAUUAUGGGUGUGAAGCAAAGCGUAGACUGUCAUGUCAUCCUAUCCGGAGAUCACAAGCAGUUGGGUGCCGUCAUCAAGAGCAAUCGCGCGGCAUCCCUGGGCUUAAGCCGUUCUUUGAUGGAGCGCCUCCUUCGCUCCGAAUCCUACAAGUUAGAUGACAACGGAAACUACGAUCGCAGUCUGCAGACGCGUCUGCGUCAGAACUACCGAUCCCAUCCGGAGAUCGUGCGCCUAUUCAACCAACUGUACUACAACGGCGAAUAUCCCAAGGCUCCCGCCUCGGAGGUUAACCACGCAGCCAAGUGGAAGCUUCUGCCCAACGGGGCCUUUCCGAUCAUCUUCCAAGCCACUCACGGAGUGACCAAGCGGGAAGAGCACUCAACAAGCUCGUACAAUCAGCUGGAGGCUCAGGUUGUCUGCUGGUAUGUGAAACGUCUACUUAACGAGGGCCUGGGCAAGGGAAAGCUGGUUAGCCAGGAGGAUAUAGGAAUAGUUGCUCCAUACACGGGUCAGGGUAAAUUGAUAACCCGACUGCUGUUGGCCCAGGGACACGCAAACGUGGAGGUGGGCAGCGUGGAGACCUAUCAGGGCCGCGAGAAGCCCAUCAUUAUCGCCAGCCUGGUGCGCUCCUUUGCCAACAUGGGAUUCAUGCGAAAUCCUCGCAGGGUUAAUGUCCUCCUAUCCCGAGCCAAAUCGUUGCUGAUACUAGUUGGCAAUCCGGUCACCCUGCGCCACCACAAGGACUUUAAAUUGAUCAUCAAGGAGUGUAAGCAUCAGGGCACAUAUCUCUUUAAAAGAAAGGAUUCCGGGCAGCAGCCACAAUUCUUGCCAAACAUGGAGGAGGAGGAAUCAUCCGACGAGGAGACAAACAGUGAACUGGACACUUGGGACGAGCGCACACCAUGGUUUGCCAAGAUGCCGCUGGACAUUAGUGUGCGGGUGGACACAAUGGAAGAUCUGAUGACCGAUGACGAAAUCGGCUCCGAAGAAGCCUCAGGCACUACAGAUUCUUCCAGAAUCAGCUCCGCCAGUCUACAGGCUCGCAUGGAUGUCAAUACGCAAGAACUGGAAUGUAAAAUUGCUCAGUUAUCCAUGACAAUGAGACAUCCAGUGUGAGUUGGAGAUAAAGUUUAAUCCAAGACGUAUGUAACUAGUGAGUAAGGACAGGUCUCGGGGGGCUGGGAUAUACCUCUAGAAGAGUACCAAAAGUUAAUUUUCAAUGUUGCUGAAGCAAGCAGUAAACACCUCCAUCGCUAUCUGUAGAACAGGCAAACAUGAGUUUCUUGCACAUUUUUUUUUUUAUAUUCAUGUAGUAAAAUAUCAUUUACAAAUAUGUUUGAUGAAAUAUUCCACAUUAUCGAGCUGUGAACGAAAGAGAAAGAGAAAGAUAUUCG